CUUUACCGGUAACGAUGCGAACAAUGGCCCCCUUGCUCCGCCUCGUCCUGUUCCUGUCUUCUCCCAUAUCCCUCUCCCAUACUACCAUCUGCCUAUCCCACUUCUUGCACUGCCUGUCUCUACUCGACACCCUGGUCAUUUCCCCUCAUUUAUCUAAGCUAAGAUGCCGUCGGCCACCUUAAGCCCUGGGAAGCUGCGAUCGAAGCUGGACGACCGCUUCAGAGCUUUUAUGUCCCCCAGGCAGCCCACCUCUCCGAAUGCUCGAAAGCGCAAGCACCAGCAUCAGAAACCCAGAGCCGUAGAAGAGUUGACCGAGCUGCCACCGCCUCCCCCGCCACCGAAGGAGCUGAACCCCAAGGCGAGGAGACGCUACGUCGAGAGCUGGCAAGUACUCUACUCUGCCUUCGAUACGUCCGAGCUAGCGCGCACGCCGUCCCCCGACUCCUCCGUGGACAGCUACAUGGGCUCGCCACGGUCCAACCUCUUCCUCACACGGCAGUUCACUCCGUCACAAUCUAAUCUCACUGAUGUACCUGAGGACGUGUAUUCGGACGCCGGGCUGCCUUCCCCUUCUAGUGCGAACUCCAGGCCGCGUGCGGGAAAUGGCACGGGGGCAGGUGCUGCAGGCGUGCGCCCGCAGACGGUUUACACACCCACCUCACCUGCACCCUCGCGCAUCCCGAUGCUAUCCUAUCGCAUCCCCGUCGCCCGCGGGCGUGUCCCCGAGCGGCGCGUUGCCUCGACGCCCGACGAACGAGAAAUCAUCCGCCGGGAGGCGCUGCGCCGCAAGGAGAAGGAGGAGGCGCAGGCACGCCUGGAAGAGGAAGAACGCCAGGAGCGGCUCAGGCAGACGAGGGAGGCGGACAUGCGCCGCUACGAGCAGGAGGAACGCAAGCGAAAGGCGAUCCUCCAGUCGGAGCUCCGCUACGCGGCGGAGCAGCGCGCACGGAAGGAGGCAUUGGAGCGCGAGGCCGACGAAAGGCGGAAGGCUGCCUUGGAGGAAAAGAGGAGGGCCGACCGCGAGCGCCGCAUACAGGAGACACAGAAGCUGCAGGCGUGGCGGCGAGAGCAGGCCAAGCGAGCACAAGAGAUAUCUGGGAAACGCCAGGAGAUGUUGCGCAAGGUUCUGGACGAGAGGCGGGCGCUGGCCGCUCGGUUGAAGGCUGCUGCGACCACAACAGGUGGUCGCCAUGUGCUCUUGUCGGGCUGGGUCACCGUCCAGUCUGAACAGUCUGGGACGUGGAAGCGGCGAUACUAUCAGCUCGACGACGAAACGCUCUACCUGUUCAAGAGCAAAGAGGAGACCGACCAGUCCCUAGAGGCAGUCAAAUUGUCAGUCGUCGCGAGUGCCAAAGACUGGCAAGAGGGCUAUGAAGAGUUGGAGGGCGUACCGCAUUCCUUCGCCGUAGAAUUCAGCGAUGGCCGCUACGCAUGGUCCAUGUACACGGAUUCGGCCGAGGACAAGGAGUACCUUGUCGCCGUCCUGAGCCAGAACAUGACAUAAAAACGUUUCCCAGCGCUGAUGCUCCUCAUGGUUUCUUGCGAUAGGUGUCGACUCUAUGAAUUGGGUCCGGGUCAUGUAGGUGGCCCGCACCGGACUUCUGUCCUCUCGCAUUGUUGUAUCCUGGGAUAUUUAUCAUGUACCAUUUCCUGUACAACAGCUCUGUAUACACGAUACCCAUUCUUACCACUCGUAAUGCAUACAUAUACCGUGGCCCUCACUGGGUGUCCUGCCUCCCUCUGUGUGGCCACUGACCACGAGGCA